AUGUCGAUGGACGAGCCUGAGGAUCUGGAGAUGGAGGGAGAGGAGGGGAUAGACGCCAAGGAGCUGAAGAAGGAGCUGGCUGAGUCCAAGGCAGUUAAAGUGCUGAUGCUGGUUCCAUCGCUCCCGAGUUCCAUCGCUCCCGAGUUCCAUCGCUCCCCGAGUUCCAUCGCUCUCCGAGUUCCAUCGCCCUCCGAGUUCCAUCGCUCGAGUUCCAUCGCUCCCGAGGUCCAUCGCUCCCCGAGUUCCAUCGCUCUCCGAGUUCCAUCGCUCCCGAGGUCCAUCGCUCCCGAGUUCCAUCGCUCCUCGAGUUCCAUCGCUCCCGAGUUCCAUCGCUCCCGAGUUCCAUCGCUCUCCGAGUUCCAUCGCUCUCCGAGUUCCAUCGCUCCCGAGUUCCAUCGCUCCCCGAGUUCCAUCGCCAUUACCUCGAGUUCCAUCGCGCUCCCGAGGUCCAUCGCUCUCCCAGUUCCAUCGCUCCCGAGUUCCAUCGCUCCCGAGUUCCAUCGCUCCCCGAGUUCCAUCGCUCCCGGUUCCAUCGCUCCCCGAGUUCCAUCGCUCUCCGAGUUCCAUCGCUCCCCGAGUUCCAUCGUCCCGAGUUCCAUCGCUCCCGAGUUCCAUCGCCCCCGAGGUCCAUCGCUCCCCGAGGUCCAUCGCUCCCGAGUUCCAUCGCUCCCGAGGUCCAUCGCUCCCGAGUUCCAUCGCUCCCCGAGUUCCAUCGCUCUCCGAGUUCCAUCGCUCCCCGAGUUCCAUCGCUCCCCUCGAGGUCCAUCGCUCCCCGAGUUCCAUCGCUCCCCGAGUUCCAUCGCUCCCGAGGUCCAUCGCUCCCUCGAGUUCCAUCGCUCCCCGAGUUCCAUCGCCUCCCGAGUUCCAUCGCUCCCCGAGUUCCAUCGCCUCCCCGAGUUCCACCGCUCCCGAGUUCCACCGCUCCCCGAGGUCCACCGCUCCCCGAGUUCCACCGCUCCCCGAGUUCCACCGCUCCCACGAGUUCCACCGCUCCCACGAGUUCCAUCGCUCCCGAGGUCCAUCGCUCCCCGAGGUCCAUCGCUCCCGAGUUCCAUCGCUCCCAGAGUUCCAUCGCUCCCGAGUUCCAUCCGGCUCCCCGAGUUCCAUCGCUCCCGGAGGUCCAUCGCUCCCGAGGUCCAUCGCUCUCCGAGUUCCAUCGCUCCCCGGAGUUCCAUCGCUCCCCGAGGUCCAUCGCUCCCUCCGAGUUCCAUCGCUCCCGAGGUCCAUCGCUCCCCGAGUUCCAUCGCUCCCCGAGUUCCAUCGCCUCCCGAAGUUCCAUCGCUCCCUCCCAGUGAGUCCAGUCCAGUGGAAAGGCAGGACACA